AUGUUCUUUCAGCUCUCUGCCAGAGGACCAGUCCAGGUGUGUAGUGUGUCAGCAGUGGACGACAACCUGCAGAGAGCUAUAGUAAACCACAAAGACAGUCUGAAAAGGAGGUAUGAAUGUGUAAUAGGCAUUGAAAAAGCAGGGAAUCAAAGUCCCCUCAACAGGAUUUACACAGAGCUCUACAUCACAGAGGGAAAGCGUGAAGGGUUUAACAAUGAACAUGAGGCGUGGCAGCUAGAGACAGCAUCCAGGACACCAACCUCACAUGACACAGCAAUCCACUGCAAUGACAUCUUUAAACCCUUACCUGGCCAAGAGAGAAGCUUCAGAACUGUGCUGACGAAGGGCAUCGCUGGCAUCGGAAAAACUGUCUCUGUGCAGAAGUUCAUCCUAGACUGGGCUGAAGGGAAGGUAAACAAAGAUGUGGAUAUCAUAUUUAUGCUUCCUUUCUGGGAGCUGAACUUGAUUAAAGAUCGACAGUACACUCUUCUUGGACUUCUAAAUUAUUUCCACACAGAACUAGACAUAGGCAAUGCAAAGAAACUCACUGCCUGUAAAGCUAUGUUCAUCUUGGAUGGUUUGGAUCAAAGCAGAUUUCCAUUGGAUUUCCAGCGCAACAAAAAGGUGUCUGAUGUCACACAGACAUCAACUGUCGAUGUCCUGCUUACAAACCUCAUCAAGGGGAAUCUGCUUCCCUCUGCUCUCCUUUGGAUAACGUCCCGACCAGCAGCAACCAAUCAGAUCCCCCCUGAGUGUGUUGACCAGGUGACAGAGGUACGAGGGUUCAYUGACCCACAGAAGGAGGAGUACUUCAGGAAGAGAUUCAGUGAUGAGGACCUGGCCAGCAGAAUCAUCUCACACAUAAAAACAUCACGGAGCCUCCACAUUAUGUGCCACAUUCCAGUGUUCUGUUGGAUUUCUGCAACCGUCCUUGAACACAUAUUGAGUACAGACAAGAGGAGAGAGAUGCCCACGACUCUGACUGAGAUGUCCAUACACUUCCUGCUCAUUCAGACCAGCCUGAAGAACCAGAAGUAUCAUGGAAGAGAUGAGAUGGAUCAAGAGGAUCUCAUGGAGUCAGAUAGGGACAUUCUUUUGAAGCUGGGGAAGCUGGCYUUUGAACAUCUGGAGAAGGGUAAUCUCAUGUUCUAUGAYGAAGACCUGAAAGAGUGRGGCAUUGAUGUCAAWGAAGCCUCAGUGUACUCAGGAUUGUGCACACAAAUCUUUAAAGAAGAAUCUGUGUUAUUUCAGAGAYUGGUGUACUGCUUUGUUCAUCUGAGCAUUCAGGAGUUUCUCUCAGCUGUCUACAUGUACCAUUGUUACACAACSAAGAACAUGGAUGAACUGAAGCCCUUCCUCAAGAGAAAGUCUAGAGCUGCGUCUGAAGAGCUAACCUUGGAUGAGCUGCUGAAGAGCGCUGUGGAUAAAGCCUUGGAGAGUAAGAAUGGACACCUGGACCUUUUUGUCCGCUUCCUUCAUGGCAUGUCACUGGAGUCCAAUCAGAAACUCCUACGAGGUCUGGUGACACAGACAGAAAGCAGUCCAGAGAGCUUCCAGAAAACGAUCCGAUCCCUUAAGGUGAUGCAGAGGAAGAACAUCUCCCCUGAGAGGUGCAUCAAUCUCUUCCACUGUCUGAUAGAGAUGAAAGACCAUUCAGUACAGGAGGAAAUCCAAGKYUACUMGAGGUCAGYGGACAGAUCCAAAAACCURWCKCUUGCUCASUGUUCAGCGRUGGCCUACAUGCUGCAGAUAUCAGAGGAGGUUCUGGAUGUGUUUGACCUGAAGGAAUACAAGACAUCAGAGGAGGGUCGUAGGAGACUGCUCCCAGCUGUAAGAGGCUGCAGGAAAGCUCUACUCACUGACUGUGAACUCACAGACACAUCCUGUGAAGUGUUGGUCCCAGCUCUCAGUUCAAACUCCUCACACCUGAGAGAGCUGGAUCUGAGUAACAAUGACCUGAAGGAUUCAYGAGUGAAGCUSCUCUCUGCUGGACUGGGGAAUCCCCACUGUCAACUGGAGACUCUGAGGUCAGUGUUAUUUUACUUGAUCAGCAAGUGAUAAUUGUUCAGUACA